CACAACACAUUCAAAAAACGAUUCAAAACAUUUGGCAGAUCAUUAAAUGAAAAGAGUUUAGAACGGAGGUGGCAUAAAAAAAAUUAGCUGCCAUUUUUAUUUAGCAAUUGCUUAUAACUUAGAAUUACCAGUUUAUAGUUUAUGCAGAAGCAAAAGAAAGGUGAUGACCGUGAGAGAGUAUAAAGAGAGAGAUGGUUGUGUUAAAAAGAAACUAAAAAUCUUUUUUUUUUCAUUUAUUCAUUUGUUAACAAAAAAUAAAAUCAUUAAUUUUAUUUUAAAAUAGUAGAAGACACAUGUCAUACAUAGAAAUGUCAAUUAAUUUUUGUUUUAUAAUAUAAAAGAUAAAGUCAAGGAACCUUCUUUUCUGAUGCAUUUAAAGAAAGCUCUGUUCAGAAAAUCGUUAAACGCUAUGCGUGCGGCGACUUCGGGCCUAGCGAGUUAUUGAAAAUGCAGGAAGUACGCGGGGCAGAAUUUUUCUUACUCAUUUAAUAUUUGUAAUGUAACAUACCUUUAAAAAUUAUACAUACAAGUAAUAACGCAGUAAGUGCUGUAUUCCAGUGGCUAUUUAAAGUUUGAUUGACUUCCCAGCCCGGGUUCGAUGGCCAACAAUGCAGUUUUUAAUUUUUUCCAUUAAAAAGGGCAAAAUUGUAAUUUCGUAGGCGUCUUCUUCCGUAACCUAUUUUUACUAGGGGUAGACGUUCGGGUACCCGUUCGGGUUCGGAUCGGGUAUUUCGGAUUUUCGGGUAUUUUGGUAUACGGAUAUAGAACCCGUUCGGGUAUUUUUGUAUUUGGGUCGGGUUCGGGUAUUUUAGUUCGGGUUCGGUUAUUUCGGAUCGGGUUCGGAUAUUUAGAUUUUGAAAUAAAAAAAUAAUUUUUUCAUUGUUUUAAGUUUCUUGCAUUUUAAAAUAUAACUUUUACUUAACUGAUUUUUGUAUUUUUAAUAGAUUGACUGAUUAAUAUAUUUAGAGAUAACAUUGCAAAAAUAAAUAAACAUUAAUUUGGUCAUUUUUAAAAAAUUUGGAUGAAACUUUUGUUAAUACAUAAAACAAAGAGCUUGACAUGCAUUCUAAGUGAGUAUCAAAUCAUUUUAUAUGUACUUAUAUGUAUAUUAUAUGAUUUUAAAGUAUGUGUAACAUCAAUAUAAAUAUUUUAAAUAAAAUAAAGAUUUCAAUUAAAAAUAUAAGGUUAUAUAUACUUAUGUUCGGUUAUUUUCGGGUAUCCAUUCGGGUUUGGAUAUUACCCGUUCGGGUUCGGAUAUCCAAUCUCUCGUAAAUCAAUAUCCGUUCGGGUAUUUUGCUACUUCGGUUUGGAUUUCGGUUCGGGUUUUUCGGGUCGGGUUCGGAUACAACUUCGGGUAAGCUUCGGGUAUCAGGUAAAGUGCCCAGGCCUAAUCUUUACAGGGAUUAUAUUGCGGUCGUUUCCUAUCAUUCUUCAUCGUGAAUCAUCAUUUUUGGGUUGAUUAGCUUCGAUUCAACUUUGUUUCUUUGUUUAUACAAUUAAAAUAUGUCGAUCUGUGGUAUAUUUAUCGAUUUCAGACUCGAAAUCACCAAAACAUGGAUUAACUUCUUUUUUUACCGCGUUUUUGACCGAAUAUACCAUAAUCGCGGUGGAGCUCCGCCGCUGAGCGCUUCACCGGGGCGGAAUCUGCCAAUCCGGCCGCGUUUUCGAACAAGAGACCAUAGAGGCGGAAAGACAUAAACUCCAUGAGGCCAAAAUGCUAACAGUGGAGCAGCAUGGAUUGAAAGAGAUUAUCAUGGCAAAACCAUCUUUCAUAGCCGUAGAGCCUUUUCUAACUUAAAGACGGAAAGAUAAGCUGAUAGCCGUAGAGCCUUUUCUAACUUAAAGACGGAAAGAGAAGCUGGGAUUGUCGUCUUAAUUUGGGCGAUAAUGAAUAUGCUGAACACCUGCCAUAAACCCCAUGGAGUUUGUUGAGAUCCAGCCCAUAAUGGGGGACAUCAAUAGGUUCUUACUGUCAUUGCAAGAAUGGAGUAUCAAUCAUGUUAUGCACGUCAAAAACCUCAUUGUCCAUGACUUAGCAAAGAGUGUCGUCUGUGACAAUUGCUACCAAUCAGGUAAACGACCUAUUUCAGAUUCUUAUCAAGGAAAUUUGUAACCCAUGCAUGUAGUACUAUUAUAAAAAGUAUCUAUCUGCAACCAAUCCACCCCAAUCUACAUAUGUUUGAAGAGAAAGAAAAAAAAUGAAAUAGCAAAAUAGACAUAAACAAAAUGAAGUAUUGUAUGUUAAGAAUUCCACACAUACUUUUAUACUCGUCCUAAUUGCACACAUUUUAAAUAUAAGAACCUAUUUAUCCUUAUUUUCAAAGAUUGAAACCCGAAGCCACACAAACAAAUAUUUAGCUUAAUUUUAAUAGUUUAGAACCUAAACCAAUAUCAAACCAAUUAAACCGAUACCAACUGGUUUGAUAUCAGUUUAACUGGUUUGAUAUCUGCUUAGAUUAUAAACCAUUUAAACCAAUAUAAAUGUUCUUCUGUGUGGCUAGUUUUAAUCUUCGAAAAUGGGGCUAUAUAGAUUCGUAUACAUAAUAUAUGUGUAAUUAGAACGAGCAUGAAAAAUUAUGUGAAAUUGUUUAUGUACAGUAUUUCUGGUUAAAUAGGUAGUUUAACCAUUUAUUUCAAGCAAUAAUGUUUGGAACUGAAUUUAAAGCAAAAACUCUAUUAUAAGAGAAUCAUCGACAUGGCCUCAAGACUUAUUGUUGUCUUUAUUAUUACAGUGAAAGAACUCUGUAAAUCUCCUCCGGUUUUGAGAUCAUCCAAUUAUUUAACUGCAACAUCUUAUCGUGAUACUUAACCACUUUUUGUAAAUCUCCAAAAGUUGUUCUUAAACCCACUCCAAAGUCAUUCCCCAUCCAAUUCUUUAAUUGCAACACAAGGCAUUGCUUUUACUCUGACUGUAUAUAUAUAUAUAUAUAUAUAUAUAUACAUUUAGAGAAUAUAUGGCUUGCAUUACUUGCCUUCCCAUCAUUUCUUCUGGUUGUGCAAAACCUGAGAUAAAGAAUGAAGCUAAGCGAGUCAAGAGGCGAAGCAGAGAAGCACAAGCCACAACAACAUUUCCGUCAUGAUCUCAAAAACAUGAUCUCCUCCGUAACCCAAAUGGGAGCAGACAAGGCGGGACCAAGCCAAUAUGAAGAAGAGAAGGAGGAGGAUGGCAUCAGCGCUAUCACUCUCGCUGGCUCAAACCUUGGAGCCACCAUGAAGACCGAGCUUGACGAUAACCAAGGAGACAGCUACAAAAACGGCGGCCAAGAGCUUGAUUUUCUGACCACCUUCGUGAACAGCAACUUUCAGGCUGUGAACAACUCCAUAAUGAUGGGCGCCAAGUACGAGACUCAUGAUCCAGGAGUCCAUCUUGACAUCUCAGGCGAUGUGGAGAAACCUUUGAUGAAGGCACCUGCGAGGAGGUUGAGGGAAAGGAAAGGGAAAACUCAAGCUAGAAGAGAUCGUUGAGAAUCUGAGCAUACAGAUUGAUUCGUAACUUCAAGAACAAAUCAUUUUGACUUCUGUGUUAAUUAAUCUAUUCUCUAAAUAAUCAGAAAAGUUGUGCAUGCCAAAGCACUUUACUCGUUCUUCAAGGUUGUUUUUUUCGAUUGCGCUUAUCAUUAAACACGUUUGAUAUGUAGACUACUCUCGAUAUAAAUAAAAUUCGUUAUCACCUUGUAUCUC